CUGCUUUGGCUUUUACGUUCGAGAGAUCAGCUGAGCUCGUGCGUCGCUGCAGUGAGUGCACGGAUGCCAGCGGCUCGGGAUCGGAGCAACUCGGGGCCGCUCGGUGGCUCUCUGGUCGGGCUUGGACAUCAUUUUACAUCCCCGUAUCGACUGGAGACCGUUUUUUUAUUAACCGCUGCCUGCAAGAAUGUGACUCUUUUAUGUAUCCGUUUUUUUUUUUUAUUAUUAUUAUUUUUUAUGGUUCCGACUCUACUGAUCGAGUAGACGAUUUGAUCACAUUUUUUUUACUAUUAUUCUUUCGUUCACCAUCUGUGCCCUCAGUGCGGAAAACACCUGGACUGGUGUCAGGGGAACCGUGCGGGGUUUGGAGGAGAUUCCAGGUUUUUACCGGGAGUGGGCUAUAAUAUGUCCAGGCGAAAACAGACCAACCCCUUCAAAGUUAACUGGCCUUUCCACACUUUAGGCAUUACAGGACUUCAGCACACUAUUAACAUGGAUGGCAGGGACGAAUUCACAGAAGACAGUGAAUGCUGCAGCAACAACUCCCAGGAAGUACAAGAGCAGGAUAGCAUCUCAGAAGACAGUGAUAGUGACCUUAACAACCACGGUGAGGACUCGUCCUCCAACACCUCCGCUGACGACCACAUGAGCACCAAGAGAACGCAGUGCCGCCUACAAGGAGCGGGCGUCAAAGAGGAGAGCGAGGAAGGGGCAGACCACGGCAGCAACUUUGUUUGUCCUCUCUGCACGCUGGAUUUCAGCAGCCCUGAGAAGCUCAUCUCCCAUGUCUACCAGCACACGACAAUGAUGAGCAAUAGCAAGAGCUAUGUGUGCCCAGUGUGUGGGCGAGCCCUGAGUUCGCCUGGCUCGCUUGGACGGCAUCUUCUCAUCCACUCUGAGGACCGCCUCUCCAACUGCGCUGUCUGUGGCGCACGCUUCACAGACACCAACAACUUCCACAGGGAGAAGCUUAAAGAUGUCCUUGACACAACCAUGAUGGAUGUCCCAGAUGGAAGUGACACCUGUUCCAUGUCCCUUUCUAGCAGCCCCAUGACCAGCCCGGGCCACAGCACUUGCUCCUGCCACGGACCAGGCCCCAGUUCAUGUCAGGUCCCUCACCCCUGUCAAGCUGACCCCAACCCCAAUCUAUGUCAAACCCAUCAUACCUGCCAGGGACCAGGCCACAUCCUGAGCCAGUGUCAAGGCCCCAGACCAUGUCACGGCUCAGGACCAUGCGCAGUCUCUGACCAAGGAUCCUCCUUUCCCUCAUUGCCCGACAGCCUCCUGUCUGAAGGGCCAUCACUUGCAUCAAUGCCCGAUGCUCUUAACUCCUCUUCCUCAGGCUUUCCUCCCAUCCCUGACAUCCUGAGCCCUAUAAAAGUGUAUCCUGCCGGAGUGCUGCUGGUGUGCAACAGCUGCAUGGCCUAUCAGCAGUUAGUGGACGCCCAGUCGCCGCUGCGAAAAUGGGCCCUGCGUAGAAAGAACGAACCCUUGGAGGCCCGCAUGCAACGUCUAGAGCGCGAGCGAAACGCAAAGAAGAACAAGCGGGCAUGUGAAACGGAAGAUGAGAGGGAACUGAGGAGGCUGCGGGACCGCGAGGCCAAGCGCAUGCAGAGGAUGCAGGAAUCAGAGGAGCAGCGGGCACGCAGGCUGCAGAGGGACAGGGAGGCCAUGCGUAUGAAGAGGGCCAACGAAACGCCAGAGAAGAGGCAGGCCAGGCUGAUCCGCGAGAGGGAGGCGAAGAGGAUCAAGCGACGGCUGGAGAAGAUCGAUCCUGCUCUGAGGACACAGAUAGAGCACGAUCCUGCUGCCAUGGCUGCCCUCACGGCAGACAUGAGUCUCUUUCAGUUCCCCUGCCCUAUGCCUGUUCCUUCCAUUGAUAACGGUCUGUUCAUGAAGCUGCCCUAAAAGUGCCAGGCAACUAGUGGGGGGGGGGGUGGGAGGCAACUUGCCUCUGGCAGCACCAUUAACCUCUGCACUCUGCCAUCAAGCUGCCAUGGUCACAGUGAACCAUUCCUAGCUGCUUUACUUCCAGCUUCUUCUGUGUGGAACAGCGUCAAAGACAGACUGCUUUGUUAAAUACAGCAAAAAACUACUUCAAUUUGUAAUUUAUUACAGUUUAGAAAACCUUGGGAACAGGGUGGAGAAUGUUUCAUAUUGUAUGGAUGAUGACAUAAAAGCAUGUUGUAAAGAGAUUUAUCUGUUUGUCUGUGUGCUAGCAGAUUUAACAGUUCAUUCUAGUAGGAGCAGUUAUACUUCCUUUGAGGGGAAACAAAAAUCUUUUUGCACAUGGACCUUCAGUGACAGGAGUGGGGACUUUGUAGCCACCGCCCCCCUCCCUUCUGGUCCACUCCGCCACCCCAGUGACUCGGGUUUACCGGUAGCUACACCUCUCUCUUCAAGCUGCCACCAUGGGUCCCUGGGAAGUUCAUAUUCAGUCAAACUCUACUACCUCAGCUGGCGCCAUGGUCGCACACUCUGUCUCGUGGCUAUCUGCGUUCCAACUCCAAGCUUCCAAAGCUCUACAUGUACUGUACACUACUACAGAGGAUGCGGCUGGUUUCCCACAAUUUGUGUUUGCAUAUCUCACUCAGGCACUUUCAAUAGGGCACAAACAUUCACAGGAGCAA